AUGUCCGCCGACGACCGCCGCUCGCCCGACGGCAGCGGUCCACCCAGCGCGCGCGCCUCUGCCGAGCCCGCGCCAGACCUCUUCCCGACUCUGCUAGAAGGGGGACGCGAGAACACGCUUGAGAACUUGGCACAACACGCAGUGGAACUGCAUGAUGCCAUAGACCCAGCAGACGACAUCUCCCUCGCGACCUUCCACCACGACAAUUCCUUCUUUACGGCCUCUGGCGAGGCACGAUUCGGCAUGCUCGACGAUAAGAGGGACGAAUACGAGAUCCACGCGCUCCAGGACGAGACGGCUGCCGCGGUGGCUGCAGUCGAGGCGACGAAUCGACGUAAACGCCGGCGCGACGAGGAUGGCGUUGUGGGACCCGUGGAGAAUGGAGACCCAAUCGACCCCAUAAAGAUGAAGAAGGACAGUCAUAAAGAGGUCGAGCGGCGACGCCGUGAGAAUAUCAACGAGGGGAUCAUGGAGAUUGUGUCCCAGGUGCCGGGAGGGUCGGAUCCGAAAGUUGGCAAGGGGAUUUUGUUGAAGCGCGCAAGCGAUUAUCUCAUGACUCUCAAGACCAAGGUCGAUCAGUUCAAUGUCGAGUUGGCGGCAAAGGAGCGCGAGAAGCAGGAAUAUGUCAAUGAGCUCGAUCGCACUCGCAUCAUGCUGGAGAAGGCCGAAGCCGGGUCUGCCAAGUGGGAGUCUGCAUGGCGAGAUGCCGAGGAUCGCGUCGCGCAGGCACAGUUCGAGGUGGCAGAGGCCAAGAAGCGCGUCGCCGAGCUCGAGAAGGACGCGUGA